AUGGACGAGUCGUCUCUCUACGACGAGUUCGGGAACUACAUUGGCCCAGAGCUUCCAAGCAGCGACGACGAGUCGUCCUCUGCUUCCGAGAGCGACAAGGACGUCGACUCGGACAAUGGCAGUGACAGCGACGAUCCCGCGCACGCCGUCUCGUCGAUGACGCUCGAGACCACUCGCGCGAAUACGUCUUCUACUGCGGCGAACAGCAGUCGUGCGAUUGUCCACGCGUCCGACGCGCAGGCGAUUAUCCUGCACGAAGACAAGCAAUAUUAUCCAGAUGCUCGCCAAGUGUAUGGAGACGACACGGAGCUGCUGGUCAUGGAAGAAGACGCGCAGACCAUUGAGACGCCGUUGGUCGAGCCGGUCAAGAUAAAAUCCUAUGCCACGCACAUGGAUAAAAUCCCACGCACCACCUACUCGACCGAGUUCCUCGCGGGUCUCAUGGACUCGCCGUCGCUGCUGCGACAUGUGGCUAUUCUCGGGAAUUUGCACCACGGGAAGACGCUGUUUGUGGAUCUGCUCGUGCAACAGACACUUGUCGAGCACUGGACGAGAGCCGAUGCAGAGGCAGAGGCACUGGACAAGCGCUUUACGGACACGAGACACGACGAACAGGAGCGCCGCGUGAGCAUCAAGAGCACGCCCGUGUCGCUCGUGCUGCCGACGUCGCGGGGCAAACACUACCUGCUGAACGUCAUGGACUGUCCUGGCCACGUGAAUUUCUCGGACGAGACAACCGCUGCACUGCAGAUUGCCGAUGGCGCUGUGCUGGUCGUGGACGCUAUUGAAGGCGUGAUGAUGAACACGGAACGCGUGGUGCGAGCUGCGUUGCGAGCUCAGGUGGCAAUCGUGUUGGUGCUGAACAAGGUGGACCGGUUGAUCAUCGAGCUCAAGUUGCCACCGGCGGAUGCGUACUUCAAGUUGCUGCACACGAUUGGCGAAGUGAAUGCGAUUAUUGACGCACACACACCGACAGACCAGAAGAAGCAGCAACUGUCGCCGGAACUGGGCAACGUGUGCUUUGCCUCGGGGCAACACGGAUGGAGCUUUACGCUCGAGUCGUUUGCACAGAUUUAUGCCGAGACGUACCCUGGUGUUCCGUCAGCGACUUUGGCAGCGCAGUUUUGGGGAGACAAGUACUAUAAUCCGCAGACAAGGAGGUUUACUAAGAAGUCGCCCUAUCCUGGUGCAUUGAGGUCGUUUAUCCAGUUUGUCCUGGAGCCGCUGUACAAAAUGUACUCAAAGGUGCUCAACGGUGACCCAAAAGAGCUCUCUGCAUCGUUGCGGGCCAUGGGAAUACGAUUGAGAAAAGAGGAACUGAAUCUGAACCCGCGACCGCUGCUCAAACUUGUACUUGGCAGCUUUUUUGGCAACGUAACGUCUGGCUUUGUGGAUAUGGUCGUGGCUCACGUGCCUUCACCACUUGCGACCGCACAAACCAAACUCGAGCGCAUUUAUACAGGCAACCAGUCUUCUAAAUUGCGUAUCGUGCGAGGUAUCCAGUCUUGUGACCCGAAGGCGCCUUUGAUGGUCAAUAUCGUGAAACUAUACUCGUCUCCUGACGGCACCACAUUCAGUGCUUUCGGCCGCGUGUACUCUGGCGAAGUUCGCGAGAACAAGGAUGUCAAGAUCCUGGGUGAAGCAUAUAGUGCUGAAGAUGACGAGGACAUGUGCACAAGGACUGUUGGAAGCGUUUGUAUCGCCCAGGGACGAUACAACAUCAAAGUGAACCGCAUUCCAGCCGGCAACUGGGUGUUACUGGAGGGCGUGGACGCGUCGAUCACAAAAAGUGCGACCAUCACAGAUGCCGAUUACGAUCUGCUGCAGGACGAAGAGGUCGGCAUCUUUCGACCAAUUCACAUGUCUUUUGGCACCACUGCUGUAAUGAAGCUUGCUGUCGAGCCGCUGAACCCGGCGGAACUGCCGAAAAUGCUGGAGGGACUGCGGAAGAUCAGUAAGAGUUAUCCACUUGUUCGCACAAAAGUGGAGGAAAGUGGUGAGCACGUGAUUCUGUGCACGGGCGAGCUGGCUGCCGACUGCAUCUUGCACGACCUGCGGCGAAUGUAUGCAGAGAUCGAAAUCAAGGUCGCCGAUCCCGUUGUCGCUUUCUGCGAGACUGUCGCUGAGACGUCCUCGGUGCAGUGCUUUGCCGAGACCCCAAACCAGAAGAACAAGAUCACUAUGAUCUCUGAGCCACUGGACGCAGGACUUUCGCAAGAUAUUGAGUCAGGUGCUAUCAAGCUCGACGUGGGCAAGAAGGAAGUGGCUAGCUUCUUCCAGACCAAGUACAAAUGGGACGCGCUCGCUGCUCGUUCCGUGUGGGCCUUUGGGCCCAGUAGUAACGGGCCCAACGUGUUGCUGGACGAUACGCUCCCUACGGAAGUCGACAAGCCGUCGUUGAAUAUGAUCAAGGACAGCAUCGUGCAGGGCUUUCAGUGGAGUUGUCGUGAAGGACCGCUUUGUGACGAACCGAUCCGCAACACCAAGUUCAAGAUCCUCGACGCUACCAUUGCGUCGGAGCCGAUCCACCGUGGAGGAGGUCAAGUGAUUCCGACUUCCCGUCGCGUGGCCUACUCGGCCUUCCUCACGGCCACCCCGCGAAUGCUGGAGCCCAUCUACACGCUUGAAAUCCAGUGUCCGGCCGACACUGUCUCGUCGCUCUACCAGGUCUUGAGUCGUCGGCGCGGCCACAUUACGCACGACGCUCCGAAAGCCGGGUCUCCGCUGUACACUGUGCGUGGGUUUGUACCGGUGAUUGAGUCGUUUGGGCUCGAGACGGACCUGCGCGUGUUCACGCAGGGCCAAGCGUACAUUGCCCAGGUGUUUGAUCACUGGGCAGUGGUUCCGGGGGACCCGUUGAACACUAACGUCGUGCUCCGUCCACUGGAACCCGCGCCCGUGAAUGACUUGGCGCGCGAGUUCAUGGUCAAGACCCGGCGUCGCAAGGGGCUGAGCGAAGACGUGAACGUCAGCAAGUACUUUGACGAGCCGAUGCUUCGUGAAUUGGCGCGCCACGAGGUCGAGCUGCAGCACCUCAUUUGA